GUUGAGUUGAGCCUGCUGCAGCGCCGCAAUGAGGAGAGUCCCAUCAUGCACAUCCGCUACUGCAAAAUCCUCAUCCAAGAGUUCCAUGUCAAGGUUGACCUGACAUUUAUCAACAGUCUCCUCUCAGUUCUCCUAGAUGAUAAGCGGAGUAAGCGUGACGAGUUUGGGAAGGACAUGGAAGACAUGGUGAAGCCAGCUGAGGAACUGCUGGCCCUGCAGGGGUCAUCUCAAGUCAAGAUCUUCUUUGACCUUCUCCACUUCUCUCCACUCAAGAUGCAUCUGAGUUUUAGUCUUUCUGGAGCUGCACAACAUGGUGAGGGUCUAGCUGUUCUCUACUCAGGUGUCAUCAAUCUUCUCCUACAGGGUGUUGGAAUCACCCUCACUGAUGUGCAAGAUGUCGUCUUUAGAUUGGCCUAUUUUGAGCGGCAGAGUCGAUUCAUCAAUCCGACACAGCUGUCUCAGGAGGUCUUCUCCCACUACCUUGGUCAGUUCAUGAAACAGCUCUAUGUCCUGGUCCUUGGGUUGGAUGUCAUUGGGAAUCCAUUCGCCCUGGUUACGGGUCUCACCCAGGGGGUUGAGGCUCUCUUCUAUGAACCCUUCCAAGGAGCAAUCCAGGGCCCUGAAGAGUUUGCUGAGGGUUUGAUACUAGGAGUGCAGCGAAUGGUUGGUCACACAGUGGGAGGAGCUGCUGGAGCUGUGAGUCGCAUCACUGGGACAUUUGGCAAGGGUCUUGCUGCACUCUCUCUUGACAAGGAAUUCCAGAAGGAAAGACUGGAGCAGCAGCAGCGUCAGCGCCACCAUGCCACCAUCGCAGCUGGCAUGGCCCACAAUAUCCAGGGUUUUGGCAGGGGUGUGUUUGAGGGUGUGACAGGGGUUUUCACAAAACCAAUGGAAGGUGCUCGGUCAGAGGGCAUUGGAGGAUUCUUCAAAGGAAUGGGGAAAGGUGUGGUGGGCCUGGUGACCCGACCUACCACAGGCCUGGUGGACUUUGCUUCGGGGAGCUUUGAUGGUGUGUUUGAGGGUGUGACAGGGGUUUUCACAAAACCAAUGGAAGGUGCUCGGUCAGAGGGCAUUGGAGGAUUCUUCAAAGGAAUGGGGAAAGGUGUGGUGGGCCUGGUGACCCGACCUACCACAGGCCUGGUGGACUUUGCUUCGGGGAGCUUUGAUGUCAUCAAGAGGGCAUCUGAGGGAGCAGAAGCAAUUACCCGUCUCAGGCCCCCCAGGUUCCUCCAUCCCGAUGGUGUCAUUCGACCCUAUGUUCGCUUUGAGGCUUCUGGAAGCCAUCUCUUCAUGGAGAUUGAGAAAGGGAAGUACACAUCGACAGAUAUGUAUAUCUGCCACGUGCCAGCACGAGCAGAUGGGAAGCAGGUGGCCAUCGUCACCGACCAACGGGUCAUGAUGAUUCAGCGCAGCGACAUCUUUGGCCAGUGGGAAGUGCAGUGGGCUCACACAUGGGGGGACUUGAUCAAACCUCCAGCACUGGUCGACAAGGGGAUUGAGCUGCUUAUCAAGUCAGGGAAGAGCGGAAAGAAGGUGCUUGGCUUGUUCUCAUCUUCAGGAGAUGUCACCAGGCUCAUCACCAUCCCAAAUCGCCACACUGCACAGUGGAUCCUCGCCAAGAUGGAGGAUGCAAGAUGCUCUUCAGCCUCCUAGUCUUCCCUGACAACAUUCCUUCUUGCAGUUUUUGCUUAAUUAAUCAUUUUUGUAAAUUUUUUUCAUGGUGUUAAUCCACCUUGAUUGAUCCCUUGUGCCUUGGUACUUUGGUGAUCCAUUCUUUAUGCUCUCUCUUCAGGUCGCACACAGUGAAUGUAUGGAUAUCAGGGCUGUUAAAAAUAUGGUUUUCUAUGGAAGCUUAAUUCUGUGAUGUAAUUGCCAUGUCUUAAUUCUUUGUGAUGUAGUAGCUAGUCUUUGGCUAAAUGCUGAAACAGAGAGAGAAUAUUUGGAAUGAAUUGCUUGCCGUUG